ACUGAGAUUUUACUCGUCGGAAACGCCCAAGAUGAGUUUCGGAGCCCCCGGAGGUGGCUCGGUUAACUAUAAGCCCUCGCCGCCUGAGCGCGGUAGCUUUCCCCUUGACCACGAUGGAGAGUGCAAGCAUAUUAUCUCCGGCUACUUGAAAUGCAUAAAAUCCAACAGGGGCACCAACGAUGAGGCGUGCCGCAGACUCGCUAAGGAUUAUCUCGCCUGCCGGAUGGAUAAGAACCUGAUGGCACCGGACAACUUCAACAACCUGGGACUUGUAUUCAAGGAGGACCAAGAAAAGAACGCGGCGCCAGCCACAGAACGAGCACAAGGCACGGAACAAAAGAAAUAA